AUGACUGGCCGUGGUAAGGGAGGAAAAGGAUUGGGAAAAGGAGGAGCCAAGCGCCAUCGUAAAGUUCUUCGUGAUAACAUCCAAGGUAUCACUAAGCCAGCCAUUCGUCGUCUGGCCCGUCGUGGUGGAGUCAAACGUAUCUCUGGAUUGAUCUACGAAGAGACCCGUGGUGUGCUCAAAGUUUUCCUUGAAAACGUCAUCCGUGACGCUGUCACUUACACAGAGCACGCUAAACGUAAGACUGUCACAGCCAUGGAUGUAGUCUACGCAUUGAAACGUCAGGGCCGUACUCUCUACGGUUUCGGAGGACUGCCGAGGAUUGUUUCCUUUAUUGAGACUCAUGGAGUUGGGUUAAAGAUUUUGAAAAUUCCCCGUAGACAGCGCAUCAAUCAAAGGACCAAGAUAUUUGAAAAUGAAAUAUGUUGGGUACUUCUCGCCCUCAAUGCCUAA